AUGGACCUCGGAGUGGCACCAAGGACAGAACUGGGUGCUCCGUACAGAGAGGAGACUCCGGAGCUCCUGUGUUUUACAUCGCAGCAAGGCAAACUAAAUUAUUUUUAUGCAUCCAAAAUACAAAAGAUACAGAAUGCAAAUCUGCAUAUUAACAAACCGCAUCGAAUCGCCUCAACCCCAGCGGGAGACAGCCACACCACUGUCCGGCAAACACCGAUGCCUGGACUGGGGGGCGCGGCUGGCCUGGCUGCAAAAGGAAUUGCCGCCGCCUGUCGCCUACAGACCCCAUCAUGCCCCGCGCCCCAGAGUCCCGCCAGCGACACUUUUCCCGCGCACGGCAUGCUGGGACGAAGAAAUCGGAAAAAAAUAUCAGAAAGUCUCAAAUCCAGCAAGACCACCAUGAAAGGUUCAAAAACAUCGACAAAGAAACAAAAAGGUAACAAAGCUAAGGAAUCAUGAACAGGAAAAGGAGCACAGCUUUGUAAAAAGAAGGAAGUUGAUCUUUCUAUGGCCAGUAUAGGCCACCCAGAAAUCUUUCCCUUGCUUUUGACUGCAAAGACCCAAGAAAUCUUUAAUUGCCGACCUGAUGACGAUGUCACAGAAAAAGAUUGUUUCAAGUGUAUUAGAAAAGAGGACAUAAUUCAAGACGUGAAAACAAGAGCUAAAGCUUCUGAUUUCCACCGUCUCAAAAAAGUUAUCCUAGAAUAUCCAGGGGAAGAACUCUUGGUAGUUUUUGAUCCAGACUUCCAGUAUGGACAGAAUUUUUACAUGGUUGCUUCUGAAGAAGCCAAGGAAAACUUUCUUAAGUCUUUAGUAACUGAGGAAGAAACAGAAGAAACAGAAGAGAAUAGAGAAGAAACUCUGGAAGUCCACAAACCUUGGGUUUCCCUUGGCAGCGAAAAGGAAGUUGAAGAAGAAUCUGUUAAAGAAAGGGAUACAAAGAUUAAAUACAAGGUCUCUCGAGUUCGCAGGAUGUUUGGUGCACCGAUUACGUUUACUGACAAGAAUGCUUCAGAUGACAAAGACAUGUAUGCUGAAUGCACGGCCUAUGAAGACGAUACUUUCAGUAUUAAAAUGCUUGAAAGGGAUGUGGGGGUGCAGAUGGUUCCAAAACUAAGAGAAGCUAGUACUCAGACAAAAUGGACCUAUCCAAAAAAUGCAUCCACGCAGUAUUGUACUAGGCAGUUGUCAAAUGAAGCAAAAGCAGAGAGUCUGUCAUCUGAGAAGCUGAAACAAUUUCUUACAGCAGUACAUAUAAGAGUAGAAAUUGCAUUGCAGCAAAAUGAAAUUAUGAAUGUUUUUUUUGAUGACUGGAAGGCCCUAGCAGAAGACCAAGAAGAAGGCAAGCCAGAUGUUUAUCUUAAAGCAUACCAAUCAUUUACAGAUGUGCAGUAUCUCAAGAAUAGAACCAUUAGCUGCAUUCGCUGGCAUCCAACCAUUUAUGGGAUUAUAGCACUGUCAGCAAGAGAGCAGCCUUCAUAUGAAGAGCAAGUUAACCUCUCUAAUAAAUCAUUGCCACACCAGUCAGUUAUACUUAUCUUGAGUUUUUUUGACCCUAUCUGCCUCCAGCUGGUGUUGAAGGCUCCUGAAGACAUUUACUGCUUUCAGUUCAGUCCAAGUAAUCCAAACAUCAUUGCUGGUGGCUGUGUCGAUGGACAGGUUGUACUGUGGGAUAUUUCUAAACAUGAAGGAAAGCUGCAAAGUGCAAAGCCUGUUGCUGAUGAAAUUAUUGAAUCCUCAGAGGAUGAGCCAAGAGUAGCAGCAGCAAGGGUGACUGAGGUUGUACUGUGGGAUAUUUCUAAACAUGAAGGAAAGCUGCAAAGUGCAAAGCCUGUUGCUGAUGAAAUUAUUGAAUCCUCAGAGGAUGAGCCAAGAGUAGCAGCAGCAAGGGUGACUGAGAUGUCACCUAGGCAUGUCCAGCAGAGUAGCACAGAGCCAUCUCUAGUGAGACACUGUGCAGCCUCUUCCAUACCAUAUAGUCAUACAAAGCCAGCAACAGAUGUACAUUGGCUACCAUGUAACUUUGAGGACAGCCAAAAGGGUGGUGCUUCUGAAAUCAGAGAUGAAAAUAAUCUGCAGCUUGUAACCUGCUCCCCUGAUUGCUCAAUAUUGUUUUGGGAUAUUCCAUCCAUCGAACAACGUGAAAAAUUUUUAUCUGAGAAAAUAAAGGAGGAGAAAAAAUCUCACAUACCCCAUGAUGCUCCAUACUCUGAUGAGGAUUUAGAUCUCUCCUGGAAACCUCUCAUAAAGAUAAAUCUGCGUGAAAGGGAUAACAACACAGAGUAUGGUCCCAUCAGAAUGAGUUUAAGGGAACUGGAGUAUCGUUACAAACCUCCAGGGAAGGCAAAAUCUCUGAGAGCACUAAGAGCACCCAUCAAAGAGAAGCCAUAUACAGAGAUGAGUGCUGCUUCAAGCAAAAAUCUGGCAGUGCUACAGAAUAUAUCCACAGACUUUUUUGUUGGAAAUGAAGAUGGAGAAAUUGUUUAUUAUGACUGGAAAAUGAAAACUGAUAUUAAUUCAGCAAAACCAGUUAGUCAGAAGCACUCCCAGAAAUAUGCCCUCCACACCAAAACUAUCAACACUCUCCAGAAAUCUCCAUUUUUUAAAGACAUCUUUCUAAGCAUUGGAGGCCAGAAGUUUGCCAUUUGGAAAGAAGGAGUUACAAAUGGACCAAUCCUUCAGUCAAGCUGCUCUGCAGGAAGGUACACAGCAGGACAAUGGUCCUUAACAAGACCAGGAGUUUUCUUCAUUGGCAGAGACAAUGGAAAUAUAGAUAUUUGGGAUUUACUGAAGAAAACUCAUGAGCCGUCUUAUUUCCAGAACAUCUCCAAAUCAAUCAUCACUUUCAUCAGCCCCUCCAGUGCCUCAGCAGAGCAGCAUUUUUUGGCUGUUUCUGACAAUCUUGGAGUUCUGCAUAUUUUGGAAAUCUGUCAAACACUAUGUCACCCUUCAAGUAAUGAGCAUACCAACAUACUUAACUACUUUGAAAGAGAAGUCAGAUACCUGAAGUACUGUGAAGAGGAGUUUAAAGGGUAUCAAAAGUUUCAAGCCAAAACAGAAUUGAAAUGCGACUGGAGACAGAGAAAACAGUAUGUCAUACUUGGAAUUAAGAAAAAGUUCUGUGUUUCUUUGUAUCUUUAA